AUGGCCAAGGAGUAUGAGGCCAAUGAUCCUGCCACCAGACUUGCCAACAUCAAGAGGAAAGUAGCCGAGUUGGAAUAUGUCUCAACCUCUGAGGUUGAGGGUGACAGCAUUGAUGAUAACUGCAACAAUCUAGACGAUGCCAUCUGUGUUUUGGGGCACAAGAAUGCUGCAGCCAAGUCACAUGUCAUGGUUACAAAGGGCAUGCCAAAGAAGAUCAAGAUACAAGCUUGCGACUCUAUGUCCAGCUUAUCAGCCACAUCUACUAGCAAGAGAUCUAUCGUAGCAAGCGAUUUGUUGAGUCAAGUGCAGACCAUCCCUGUGCAAAUGUGUUUCAACAAUUCAGAUCUCCCCUCGGAUCUGCAUAAAGAUCAGAAGUGGAAGAGGGAAGUUAUUCCAACGCUAAUCCUAUGGGCCAGAAACCAAGAGGAUGCAUUCAACAUCGCCAAGCAAGAUAUUUGCAGGGCUCUACAGGAGAUCAUGCCAGUCGUAUACCCCAUACUCAAGAACAUGGCAGGUAGCAUUCUUCCCAGCUCACCCAUGGUUUCUGUUGCAUCUCAACGCUUGUGUGAUUGGAGGCACGGCUUUGCCUCCGCGGCUGUUGCACAACUCGUAGCUUUCUUCCUCAAUCCUCAAGAUCCAUCGCCCACCAACACUGCAAAAGUAUUACUCGAUCAUUUCACAUUCUUAUAUGAAGACCUCGACACAACUGUUCCUGAGAAGGCCUUCCACUCCAUUUUUGUGCAACAGCUGCUGCUGAGCAGCCAUUUGACUGCAACCAAAGGAUACGUUCAAGUCCCCACUCUUGACACUUCAUCUUUGGCAAAGCAUGGUGUUGUUGGUGCUCUUGGACUUUGUGCUGCUGCACUCUCACAUGGCUUGAACCUCAUUAGAUCUGGUGACGUCGAGCUCAAGUCCCCUGUCAAUGUCAAAGAUGGUAUUGCCAAAGUGGCAACAAGGUUUGUGCAGACCCCCAUCAAAUACAACAUGGCUUUGGGCAAGGAUAGCAAGACUGCAUGUGCAUUUUCAGACCAGAAUUGGGGAGCCCCAACAAGGAAGUUUACAGGGGCCACCAAAAGAAGAUCUAUUGCUCAGCUUCAAGCCAUCGUAGAGCUUGCCCUUGUUUCACUUGCAAUAGGGCAAGAACUCAACCCCAAGCUGUUGAGUGAUGCAGGAUCUGAUGAUGAUCCACAACAGGAUCUCUAA